AGAAGAGCAAGCAGUAACGCGGGAAGCGAGGGGGGGCGGGCCCACGGACAAAACAGUGGAUAGAUAUAAACAAGAGGGCGAGCGCAUCAGCUCGGACUUCCCCGCCCCGUCCAAGAGCAGCGCCGUCUCGUCGCCAUGGGUCUGCAGGAGGAGUUCGAGGAGCACGCCGAGAAGGCCAAGACCCUGCCUGCCACCACGACGAACGAGAGCAAGCUCGUCCUCUACGGCCUCUACAAGCAGGCCACCGUCGGCGACGUCAGCACCGGUCGUCCUGGCAUCUUCAGCCUGAAAGAGAGAGCCAAAUGGGAUGCUUGGAAGGCUGUUGAAGGGAAAUCCAAGGACGAAGCAAUGGCCGACUACAUCACCAAGGUGAAGCAGCUGCUGGAGGCCGCCGCCGCAUCCACCUCCUAGGCUACUCAAGGGAAAACAAAAACCAUGAUCCGCAGUCGCAUAUACGUAUACAUGUUGUCAUGAUAUACGCUCGCCAAUAAAUCUUAUCAUUGUUGUACUGCUUGGUAUGGCUUCUGAUGCCAUAUAUACUCAUCACCCUUCAAACUAAGGCUGUAAACUCUUGCGAAAACAAACUGGAUGUCCCUGUGAUACUAGC